AAAAUACAGUAGUGGGGAGUUCCUUCCAAAGAGAGAGGAAUUGACGGAAAAUUCAGUUGCACCGUGAGAGGCGAUACACUGAAACUUUUUCCAGUAUCCCGCCCAGACAGACUGUUCGUCUUCUCAUCUCUCUCUUUCUCGUAUUUAUCUCCCCAAUUCCUUCAUCGAACUCAUAAACAAAAACCAUCUUCUUUUCUUCUUUCGACCCAUUUCCACUUCUUCUUCUUCUUCUUCUUCUUCUUCAUUGAUUUCUUGGAAUCAAUAUUUGAUGCCCUAAAAUACUUCCCCAUCAUGGUUGAGGAGGAGAUUGGAGUUGGUGGUGGAGGUGGAGGUGGGAACAUACCUAGGGUUUCUCCUCCAUCCUCUUCCAUCGUUGUUGCUCCUGCUGCUGGUUGUGCUGUUGUUGCUCUUCCUGCAGUUGAAGCAAUUAGUAAAGGGAGACAGAUGUUUUCGGUGGAGAUUAUACCUGGUGAAACUACUUUUGUAUCUUGGAGGAAAUUGAUCAAGGAAGCUUCUGAUAAAAUUAAACCUAUUAAUUCAUUACCCCCGCAAUCUCUUCUUGGUACUAGUGGUGCUGAUGCUGGUGCUCCUCUGGCUGGGGCUAACCGUGCUCUCGAGUCGAGAAUUGAUCCUGCGGGUCAGCAUGAGGAUGCUGAAAUGAAGGAUGCGCCUACCUCCCAUCGUUUUAGUGCCGUUAUUGAGAAGAUUGAACGACUGUACAUGGGUAAGCAAAGUAGCGACGAGGAAGAACUUGACGAUAUUCCUGAUGAUGAUCAAUAUGACACGGACGACUCUUUUAUAGAUGAUGCUGAGCUGGAUCAGUAUUUUCAAGUUGACAAGUCUACGACGAAACACAGCGGGUUCUUUGUUAAUAGAGGGAAACUUGAACGCGCAAAUGAACAUGUAUCAUCGCCUAAGGUCCAACCAAAGAAAAGAAGACGGAAAGAUGCAGCGAGAACUUCUGGGGAAAAUGAUGCGGAGCAGUUACCAAAUAAACAUGCCAAAGUGGGUAAUGUCAGGAUGAAAGCUGCAGCUAGGACACCAGCUUCUACGGGGAAUAAAUCCUCUCAAAGCUUAGCUGCAGUGACCGAACAUAUUCAAGAUGGGAAAUCACACGAGCAACUGAGUACUCCUAUAGAGCCACCAAUCAGAAAGAAGCCAGUUUCGAAGGCUAAAUCCGAGCACAUUGUGUCUUCCAAAAUCCAAACAAAAGAUGCUUCUUCAAUUGACGCAAAGGAUACUGAUAGGCAAAAACCUUUAGUUGUCCAGUCAAGGGACCUUGGUAGCAAAUCGAAGGUUGCUAGUGACCCAUUUGGCAUUGCACAUCAGAUACAUAGGGAUUCGUCCACUUCGGCGCAGCUCGAGUCUCCAUCCAGGAAAUUCGAGUUAAGCCCAGCUAACAAAGUUCAGCAGAGAAGGAAAGACGGUAGUGAUGAUUUUCUUGAGCAUCCAAUGCGAAGAGUGAAGAGUUCACCCAUGCAUCCAAAGGAAGGUUCCAGUAUUAGAUCAAAAGGCACAAUGCUUGAGAGGGCAAUUAGGGAGUUGGAGCUGAUAGUUUCACAAUCAAGACCACCAUCUGCAGAAACUCUGGAUGCAGAUAAUUCGUUGCCUGGAAUCAAAAGGAGGUUGCCUAGAGAAGUUAAACAGAAGCUUGCUAAAGUUGCCAGAUUAGCGCAGUCAAGCCAAGGAAAAAUAUCAGAGGAGCUACUUAAUCGCCUUAUGGGUAUUGUUGGUCACUUGAUGCAGUUAAAAUCGUUGAAGAGAAAUUUGAAAGCGAUGGUUGAAUCGGGGUUGUCUGCAAAACAAGAAAAGGAUGACAAAUUCCAACAAAUAAAGAAAGAAGUAACUGAGAUGAUUAGAACUCAUGCAUCUCCUUCGAAGUCCAAGGUGUUUGACGAACUUGAUGAAACCUUUGACGAGUUUAGGGAAGGGACGGAUUCCAAGGAGAAGGGGUUAAUUAAAAAGACAUACAGUAUGGAUCAUUCCUUGGAGGAUAAGAUAUGCGAGCUCUAUGAUUUUUAUGUUGACGGGAUGGAUGAGGACAAAGGACCACAAAUCAGAAAGCUAUAUGUGGAGUUGGCAGAAUUAUGGCCUAGUGGAUUGAUGGACAAUCAUGGGAUAAAGAAUGCUGUUUGUAGAGCAAAAGAGCGGAAGAGGGAACUGUAUGGUCGACACAAGGAGGAAAAGAUCAAGAGGAAAAGGCUAUCUUCUAACACCCCUAGAGCAGACCAAAUAGUAUCGGGAGAAACCAGUUCUGUUGCUCAACAGCCAAGAUCUGUUGUGCCUCUUGAUAAGAUACAUUCUGAGACCAACAGUGAAACUUUAACAUCAACCAGUAAGAUGACUUCUACUCAGACACCAGCAAAUCAGCAGCAUUUCUCCAUGAUGGAUAGGAAUGUAUCAUCAUCCAGUGUGACAAUGACAAAAAGUUCAUCUACUACUGAUUGGCUAAAGCAAGAAAAAGUUAAAUGCAGUUCAAGCACCUUGUCCAGCACCUUCUUGGACAAGGCAAGGAAAACUUUGGACGGUAUUCUGAAUCAAAAAACAAAGAGAAGGUCUGAGUCAGACUCAGGAGACAACAAUUGUCGUACUGUACUAGAGAAGCCAUCUUCCCAGCAACAACAACAUAACCAACAGCAAGGGAAGGAAAGAGAAAGGCAGAAAAAGGUGUCUCAAAAACAGGCAGUAGUAGGUAGUCAAAUUCAGAAACCAAGCCUUCCAUCUUCUGCUGCUGCUGGUCUGCAAGGUAAUCAGCAACCUAGCAACUGAUAUCAGUAUAUGGAUAGCGCUCAAUUAUCAGUUUUCACACCAAAAGGCACAGAAAUCUGAUGCAUUUUGUUUUGCCUUCUCAUUUUUAUUUUCUGCGGGUGGGGGUAGUAAUUUUAUCCACACAAAUUAUGCCUUGUUUACUUGCCUCCAUUAUACCUUUGGUACGGGUCUCUUAUCAAUUAUCAUAUUUUGUAAUAUAACGAUGUUUAUGUGGUUAUUUCACUCAUAAACUUGUACUAGAUUAGUUUUAACUUUGGACUGGGCAAAUUUGAGAUGUUUAAUGAAUCCCUUCUUACUGCAA